CUCAUUUUUGCGUUAAAAGUAUACCGAGCAAAAACUUAAAACACUGCACCGUACUUUUUUACCUGAAAUUUAAUAUAACAAAUGUCCAUGCUCAUAGUUAAAACCGUUUUAUGCGUUGGCCGUGUUUGUUUAAACCCAUUUUUCAUUUUCACAUUAACAAAAUAAAUAAGCGGCUAAUUCGCGCAUAAUUACAGGCGCUUAAAGUUGCUUGCAUUGCACACACACACAUAACAUCCAGCUAGCCAAAGGAAAUAGAUCAAAAUUCCGUAGUUACCAAAUUCAAAACAAGUGCAAUCUUUAAAAGUUCAACAAAAAAAGUGAAAGAGGACAAAAAAAAACUAUGUUUCGCACCCAAAAUUUUCUCGUUUUUGGUUCGAUCUUCGUUAACCCAGUUUCUCGGUGGGCAUUCAAGCGUGUGGGCAAAUCCCUGCACUGUUUAGCCAGCUAUAAAGAAACCCCCCUCAAGAUCAAGAUUCAGACGCAGAUGUGGCAUCAGGGAGAGUGCCACAGUCGCAGCCAGAGCCAGAGCCAGGACCCACAACAUUCAGUACGAAAAACCCACUCAAAAUCGGGCGAACGUUGCCAUUCCAAUUUAAUUGCAGCUGACAAGAAUAGCUCGGGAGGCGGUGGACCUGGUGGAAAUGGCAACAAUAACAGCGCCUCAAAGAACUCCAUCCAUGCAUCGGAGAGCGAGAGCGGCAACAGCAGUGUCGUCACCAGCGAACUGCUCGGCAAGUGGCGGAAAAACUUCUACAGCCACCCGAAGAACUUGCUCGCCCAGAACGUUUGCUCCCGUGUCGAUCCGUUCGAUGUGUGCCUCUCCCGCAAGGUGCUAGAGGCCACUAACCAUGUGUUCAACUUUAAGGUGGAAACGGAGGGCAAGCCGGUGACCAAUCAGCGGAGCAGCGGCCGUUGUUGGCUGUUUGCGGCCCUCAACUGCAUACGCCUGCCCUUCAUGAAGAACUACAAUCUGGAUGAGUUUGAGUUCUCGCAGGCUUUCCUCUUCUACUGGGACAAGAUCGAGCGCUGCAACUAUUUUCUCAACAACGUUGUGAAGACGGCGCGGCGGGGCGAGAAGGUUGAUGGCCGGUUGGUGUCGUUCCUGUUGCUGGACCCCACCUCCGAUGGCGGUCAGUGGGAUAUGCUGGUCAAUCUGAUAACCAAACAUGGUCUCAUGCCAAAGAAAUGCUUUCCCGAGAGCUUUAGCUGCGAGUCCAGCAUACGAAUGAAUGCCAUAUUGAAAAGCAAGCUCCGGGAGUAUGCCCGCCAUUUGCGUGUGCUGAUGGAACAGCAGCCCACAGAGGAGGAGAUCACAGCCAAGAUCCAGGAGCAAAUGUCGGAGAUCUACAAGGUGGUGGGCAUCUGCCUGGGCAUACCCGCCGAGACCUUCAUCUGGGAGUAUUACGAUAAGAGCAAGAACUACCAAUCGGUUGGCCCCAUCAGUUCGGUUGAGUUCUACGAGCGCUAUGUGAAGCCGCACUUUAAUGUGGAGGAUAAGGUGUGCCUGGUGACCGAUCCCCGGCCUUCUAGCAGAUACGAUCAGGCCUACACCGUCGAUUGUCUGGGCAAUGUGGUUGGCGGCCGUCCCGUUCUGUACAACAAUCAAUCUGUGGAGCUUCUGCUAGCCGUUGUCACCAAAUCGCUGAAGGCCGGCGAGGCAGUAUGGUUUGGCUGUGAGGUUAGCAAGCGUUUUGCCUCCAAGCAGGGCAUCGAGGAUAUGUCAGUCCAUGAUUUCAAGCUGGUCUUUGACAUCGAUAUACAAACGACCUUCUCGAAGGCAGACCGUCUCAUCUAUGGCGAAUCAGCCAUGACCCAUGCCAUGGUCUUUACCGCCGUCUCUGUGGACAAGAAUGGCGUGGCUCAGAAGUUGCGCGUGGAGAACUCUUGGGGCGAGGAUCGUGGCGAGAAGGGCUAUCUGGUGAUGUGCGCCGAUUGGUUCAGGGAGUUUGGCUUCGAGGUGGUUGUCGACAAGAAGUAUGUGCCGGAAGAUGUGCUGCGCGUUUUCGAUAUGGAUCCCAUUGUCCUGCCCGCCUGGGAUCCCAUGGGCACGCUGGCGCAGUGAGCAUCACCAACAGGCAACCGGCACCAGGCACCAGCAGUGAGCCCAGCUGUCAUUAUAUAAAUACUACCUAUAUAUAUACACAAAGCUUUACAACAUCAAUGGCAGCAGUAGCAACAUCGAGAUGGUGUGGCAUGCAAGCAACUUAAGCAUCAAUUUUGGUUCGGAUCCGCCUCCAAACAAAAUGCUUUCAAAAUCCUCUGUUUUCUGAUAUUAGGGCACCCACAAAAAGGAACACAAUAAUAUUUGAUUGAACCACACACACACACACACAUUUAUAUAUGAUAUAUAAUUAUGCACUUAUCCAUUGCCCUAUUUGGGCGUCGUUCAAUUUUAAGUAAAAAAAAACGUCCUUUGUCCUGUGUCUGUCGUACAUUAAA